AUGAAACAAGCGAGAAAAAUUCAUGAGCUCCAGCGAAUGUUUGACAAGUAUGAUAGCCUAAUUAACAGAGUCGACGGGGAGUCCAGCGCAACCGUUCAAAAGCUGAAGAACGUGAGGAAUAUUUUCUCACCUCUUGGACGGAAAGGCCCAAUUCGUCCCACUGAGAAGUGGAUGGCACAAAUCAGGUGGUAUCGAAAGGGCAACAAGACUAUUCUUCCUCUGUUCCAGGAUAUGAAUGUCUUGGAACAGUCGAUGAGAACAAUCGGGAUAUUGGUGCAAAUUCACAUACUUACACAAAUCCAUCCUGACGCCCUAUCGAAUGAAAUUUUGGCUCACACGAAAUGGCUCGAGAAAAUGCUCAGUAUUGAAACUGACAAGCUGCGGCGCGCUCAAAGGUCCCAGGAAAAGUUACUGACACAACAUAUGGUCGCCCCAAGGCAUGAUGCUAAGCUAGAUGACUUCGCUCAAGCUAUACUUAGAUUGUUGGAAAAAGAGAUUCCUCGUCUGUUUAUGAAUAAACCUCCCGGUAGCCCACCAACUUCUGAUUCACGAUCCCCACCAAGCUCACCAAACGCUUAUCAACGCUCCCCAAUCACACCACCCUCAUCGCCUCCUUGUCCAAAUGGAGGAAUUAGAGGAUCAGCAGUGAGGCUGCAACCCAAGGAAAUGUUGUCACCCUCACUCGAAGGCCCUCGGCGAAGCGUACGCCAAACAAGAGAUCCCCCACUAUCGACCACACGAAGUCUUAGGGGAGUAGAAGUUGACGCCCAGGAGGAGGUGCCCGAUGACAAGGAUAGUAAGGAGCAAACAGGCCCAUACAUGCCAAUGCCGCCCUUUGGCCUACCAACAUUAGCCCCUCGCCCACGGGCGGGGCGAACUUGGGACAGCGGCGAUGACUUUAUACAAUCAGAAUCUCGUCCACCACCCACUGCGAGCCGAAGCUCACUGCAACGAAAUGGAGGGCCCUCUUCGUCGCGGGCGAACAGACAGAAUGGCAGUAUCAUAUCGGUAUAUGGCAAUGACGGAGAGGUCACACCCACUCAUCUAACGGGAGGUCUUGGGCUACAAUCAGGUGCAGAUGGUAAUUCGAACUUCAAUUUUAUUGGUAUUGCUAUCGCUCAGGAUGGAUUCUGCGGUACCUCCUUUGAACUACCUGAGGGCGCAGACUGCCAGCCAGGCGUCACUGGAAUCAAGGCUACCCUAAACCCUCAACCAACGAGGGGAGAACCUGCCGAAUAUGAUCCUGUUAAGGGGAUACCACGGGAGGAAAGAGGCUAUACGAAAGAAACAGAGCAAAAGAUGGCCCAAUUCUAA